GCCAGUGCACGGAGAGCGCCCGCGCACCGCACCACGGCACCACCACCACCGCACCACGGCACCACGGCACACUCACAAACUGUCUCUGAAGCCGCCCGCGACCGCACGCCGGCGACCGUUGAAAGUUCUCCACAAAUAUUUUUAUUUUAACCAAAACUUUUUCCUCAAUUUUUCGAUUGUUCGUUACUAAAUGUUCCGGUGAACUGUGCGCGUCUUGUGUAGUGAUCCCAUUGCUUCAGUUACUGCGUGCACUAUGGCGCGCUCUACUCUCAUACUAUUGUUGCUGUGUAUGAGCUCGCGGCUGGCGCUGCCGGAGCCGACGCAGGCGCCCACGGAGGCCGAGCCCCGCGAGAGGGACGACGCGCUCGGAGACUCGGAGGAACCGCCGGAGGGAUACUACGCCUUCGUCGAGUCGCCCAACGCAACACCGCCACGAGUGCGGCCGCCCCCGUACCGGCAGGUGACGUCAUCGUGCCCGGAGGCGGAGUCCAACAAGCCGCACGUGUCCGCCAGCAACCUGUGCGGGGACCUCAACCGCGGCCUCAUCCCCAGGAACCCCAUGGGGCAGAACCCUAACGGGGAGCCCUACCCCUUCGAGCUGCUCCGCAACCACACGCUGCGGUUCCUGUCGCGCACGCUGCCCGUGCUGCGCGCGGACGACACGCUGCCCCGCGUGGCGCACCUGCCCAACAGCCCCGCGGGCCCCGCCGCCCCGGGCCCCGCCAGCCCCGCGGGGCCCAGCUACCCCGCCGCCGCCGCGGGCCCCAGCUACCCCGCCCCCACUCACGCGCCUGAGGCCCACGCCGUGCCCGACUUGCAGCACAACCGACUAGAGGAGCGCAGCAAGCGGUCGCUGGAGUCCCCGCUAGAGUCGGUCGACGACAGUGUACCGUCGCACGCGCUGCGCGCCGAGCACCGCGGCGCGGACGCGGACGGCGACACGCCGCGCGAGAGUCGCAAGUUCUGCGACAACGGCGGGGUGUUCUGUAUGCUGUACCGAGCCAUCAACGGCGAUAGCGAUUCAAGUACAGGCGUCGAACGUCGCGAAGAUCCUGGACCACAACCUCACGGCGCGGGAGCACCUCACGGACCACACCACAGAUAUGAGGGUCCCCCGACUCCGUGCCCGGCUCGCGUGGAGUACGCCACGCCGGUGUUCGCGCGGAACUACCAGGGCGUGUGGCGCUACGUGGUGCAGAUACCCUACGAGGGAUACUUCACGCAAACUGUCGAAGUCACCAGGUGCAUGCAGUCCCGCUGCCACUACCUGGACGGCGGCUGCCUGAGCUCGCCGCGCUGGGUGUCGCUGCUCGUGGCCGAGCUGCACUACCCGCCCGCGCAGAACAAGCAGCAGGAGUACGACCAGUACGGACAGUACACGCGGACGGAGGCGGACUCCACCGACAAGCCACAACACUGCGACGGACACGACGACAUGGGGUGCUACCAGGUGCGGCUGUACUACGACUGGUUCCUGGUGCCCGGCUCCUGCAAGUGCUGGCGGCCCGACUACUUCGCCAGAUACGUGCGCCGCCGGCAGAACAGCGAACUCUAGACACACACACACACACACACGUAGCUAUUGGACAAACACACACACUGUACAUCCCGCUGUAGAUACACACGUGUACCAGUUACUUGGUUCAUGCUCCGGCAAUCACUGAUCACAAACUAUUGUCCCUCUGAAGUGUACCCUAUACAUGCCACCGUGUCGACACAGCCUGCAUAUGUUUAUAUAUAGAUAUGUACGUAAUACUGGUGCUACCGCUACUGAUCGUUGUGACAUUAAGACUGGAUCUAUGUAUUGUAAUAUUUUAUUUAUUAUUAAAUAGCCUUAGGGCCUUAGUAGGUAUGUUCGUACCAAAAUAUUAUAGAGGACGGCGGGAGAGAUCUCUAUCGACUUAGACUAUACACUGAAUGCUCAGUGCGAGCUUUUCACCGAAUCAAAAAUAAUGCAACUUAGUUUUACGUUAACGCUAUCAACACGUUUAUGACGUUCGGCGCUCUGAUUGGUCAGCUCCAACAUAAGCAACCAAUUAGAGGACUGGACGCAGUAACGCGUCGAUCGCGUUAACGUAAAACAUGACGUAGGUAAAUACGAAUAGAUGAAAAGAGUCGCACUGAACACUCGGUACCUAGCGAGUAGGACAGCGACAUACCCGGGCACACGAGUGACGUCACGAUGUGUGUUGCAUUUACUCAGCAAUAUGUCGCUGGACACAAGUUGUAUUGUAGUACAUAAUACUCGUCGUACCGCACCCUGCAUACAGGACGUUAAGUAUUGUUAUAUGUUAGCAAGUAAGGAGCUCAAACUGCAUUUAUAUAGCUGUAGUAGUUAGUACGUAUGUAUGUAUCACACACACAACCAUGCCUUCUUCUACUCCGUCGCGUGCUGCGGACCGUAGCGUCGCGUCUAUGUGUAUACGUGUCUACUUCCACAGUACAAGUAGAAAGUUUAAGGAAGCAUGGUUCUCCUAGUAGUCGUAUUGUUAAUUGUACUUGUAGUUGUAAGUUGUCUAGUACUAAGUAUAUUACAAUAAAGCACUUGAUUUACAUGUUA